AUGAGCGGCACUUCUAAAACCAUGAACUCGAGCAAGGACUCUAAGCACAAGAAGGCUGUGGCCAAACCAUCUAGGGAAAGGCAAACUUCAAUUACAAGAGCCAUGAGGCCAGCGGUACCACGUGAUCCUCGUAGGCUCUCGACAUCAUCGUCGCCUUCUUCUUCACCAAUAUCGGCGCAGAGAAGACUUUCGAGGGAGGAAAUAAUAAAUGAAAUGGAAAAGGAGCAAGACGCUAUUGUAGUAAGACUGCUUCGGGAGAUUGAAACUUUAAAAGAGGAAAACUCUAGAUUGAAGAACCAAUUGCACCACCCAGUCCCAGCGAGAAGAUCAUCCCCCUUUUUUGAGAGCGAGUCAGCAAUUCUUGACGAUGAUGACUGCAAUUAUAGUUACACAUUCGACACUCCAACGAUCAAGCACUCAGAUGGCGCAUCCAGACGUGCUGUGCUUCCCUUAACUCCCAAAGGCUCCAUGACUCACAUUUCCUAUCGUGCUAGAAGAUCAAGCCGGAAUGCUUCUAUGUCCAACGGAACAAGCAUAUCAGAUACGAUUUUCCCAAUCGAGACUAAAAUUAACUCAGCACCAAUAGGAAACAGAAACUUGCCCUCGGCAGAUCUCUCACACCACACGCUUCUCCCACGUUCUCUAAGCGGUGUUUCCUCCAGUGAUCUAACCGAGACCGGAGCUCUUCUUCACGAUAGAAGAAGGCGUUCGUCCAAUUACAGUAUUGAUGGUUCAAACUCUUUGAAGGCUGAUCUCAUGGCGAAGAGGUUUCAAACUGGUUCACUGAAAUAA